CAAUGCGUGGUCAGCAAUGAGUUCGAGUCGGUACAGGCUUCGGCAGAGCUGGCCCUGGCCGACGACCCUCCUGCCUUCUUCUACGUCUUCUCAGUGCUGGAGCCGGUCAAGCCAGGCAAUGCUCUGUCGGUUAAGUGUUCCGCCACCGGCGUUCCACUGCCGCAGAUCGUUUGGACACUGGACGGUGCUCCGCUGGCAGAUCAUGGUCGAAUCAGAGUGGGCGACUACGUGAGCAGUGAUGGCGUCGUCAACAGCUUCGUUAAUAUUACCAGCCUGAGAACGGAGGACGGUGGCAUCUACUCCUGCACCGCCUCCAAUGACGUUCACUCCAUCAGCCACUCUGGGCGAAUCAACGUCUACGGGCCGGCCUUUGUGCGGCCGAUGAAGAACCUGACGGCCAUCAGCGGCCACAACAUUCACCUGCACUGUCCAGCGGCGGGAUAUCCACUCGAGUCCAUUGUCUGGUACAAAAGAAGUGGCAAUGGCGGCGGAGGAGGUAGUGGCAGUGGCGGUGGUGGCAAUCGUCUGCCCCAGAACCACCGCCAGAAGUCACUGCUCAACGGAACGCUGCUCAUCGAGAAGGUGGACCGCUCCUCAGACGAGGACGCCUACCGCUGCGAGGUGACCGGCACCGGGGGCGGCAGCAAGGCCACCUCCGAGCUCUUCAUGCGCGUCCUCGUCGCUCCGGUGAUCAGCCCCUUCAGUCCGCCGCCGAACCUGCGCGAGGGCAUGCGUGUCAUGCUCACCUGUUCGGUGGUGGAGGGCGACUCGCCGGUGCUGAUUCAGUUUCUGAAGGACGGCGAGCCGAUUCACGAGGCCAGUGAGGCCGUGGGCUCCUCCUCCUCCUCGCGACCGAACCGCAUCAAGCUGGAGGUGGCCAAUGAGUUCAGCGCCACGCUCUACAUUGCCUCCGUCACGGCGGACGACUCGGGCAACUACACCUGCAUUGCCAGCAACAUGGCCGCCGUCACCACCUACUCUAUUGUGAUGAAAGUCAAUGUGCCUCCGAAGUGGAAGUUCGCCCCCUCUGACACUGAAGCCAUCGAGGGGCAGAAUGUGGUCAUCGACUGCUCCGCCUCUGGUGAGCCGCGAAUCUGGUGGGAGCGCGCCUACGACAAGCCCUCAAUGGACCACCGAGUGAUGGGCCCCCACUCCAUGGCUGCCGUGUCGGGCACCUCGGUCACCUCGGCCGGCGGGCCGAUCAGCGGUCACCACCAGUCGGGCGGCCACCAGCCGACGCACUACUUUCGCACGCUGGUCAGCAACAGUCACAUGCACACGCUGGAGAAUGGCAGUCUGAUGAUCAGGGACGUCGCAGAGGAGGACAGUGGAGUGUACCUCUGUCAGGCGAACAAUGGCGUUGGCUCGGGACUCAGUAAGGUCAUCACUCUCAAAGUUCAUGUGCCCGCUCACUUCAAGUCCAAGUUUAGCGCGCAGACAGUGCAGAAGGGCGACUCAAUCGAGUUCCUCUGCGACGCCUUCGGCGAGCCGCCAAUGUCCAUCACACUGGCGAAGGACCGAAUGCAGCUGGAAAUUGACGGCAGUUCGGGAGGUGGCGGCAACGGACCACCGGCACACCCAAGUGGCAUCAUCGAGCAGACGCUGCGCACUGACAGUCGAUACCGGCUGGUGCGCAAGCCUCGCGAAGAUGGCUACAGUCUUCUGGUGCGGGUCGUCUCGGUGGACCGUCGCGACUCGUCGCUCUUCACCUGUCUGGCGGCGAACGCCUUCGGCAAGGACGAGUACAACUUUCAGCUGAUAGUUCAGGAGCCUCCCAGCAAGCCGGAGAACAUGCACAUUCUCGAGUCGGAGUCGCGCUCGGCGGUGAUCGGCUGGUCGGCGCCCUACUCGGGCAACUCUCCACUGCUGGCCUUCCACAUUGAGUACCGCCAGGCGAUGGUGGGCAGCGGUGUCGAGUCCUCCUGGAGUGACGUGUCGCCCAUUAUCUCCUCUACCAAUGCCAAUGGGGUGGUCGUCAGCAGCAGUGGCAGCAGUGGUGGCAGCUCGUCCUCCGGCAGCAAACACCUCGACCUGAGCGCCGCCCCUGGGACGACCUUUCGCGAGUCCAUCUCCGGCUCUGAGAACUCCUUUUCACUGAGAGGCCUUAAACCAAUGACUGCCUAUGAGUUUCGCGUUCAGGCGGAGAACAAGCUAGGCCUCGGGCCGUUCACCUCNCGAGGCCUUAAACCAAUGACUGCCUAUGAGUUUCGCGUUCAGGCGGAGAACAAGCUAGGCCUCGGGCCGUUCACCUCCAUUCUGAAGCUGGUCACGAAGGAGGAGGCGCCCUCGGGGCCGCCGCUCAACAUUCACGUCUACCCGCUGUCGGCUCGGGCGCUGCAGGUGACCUUUCAGGCGCCACGGACGGAGCACCAAAACGGACAGCUGCUCGGCUACUACGUGGGCUACAAGGCGCUGGACGUUGAUGAGCACUUUAUGUUCAAGAAGGUCACUGAAGGUAGUGGAAGCGGAGGAGGUGGUGUGAACAUCGCCGAGAAGGUGGGCGGUUCGGUGGCGAUGGCCGCCAAGGAGGUGAAGAUCACCGACCUGCGACGGGCGACCAAGUACGUGGUCAUCGUGCAGGCCUUCAAUCGAGUCGGCCCGGGACCGCAGUCGGAGGAGGUCAUCGGCGAGACGCUGAUCAACGAUCCGCCGCGAGCACCGGUGCUCAACUCGGUCAACGUCGACUACGACACAGUGGAGCUGAGCUGGUCCAUUGAGACGUCGGACAAUCUGCUGUCGGCUGCCAGCGGUGGUGGCAAGGGCUCAUCGUCGUCGUCCUCCUCUUCUGACACUCCGGAGAUCACCGGGUACUUCAUCUACGCAAAGAGCCCUUUCGGCGAGUGGGAAGAGCGACAGGUAGACUCGACGCAGACGAGCUCCACCUUCAGUGGACUGCUCUGCGGUACGCAGUACCAGUUCUACGUCAUUGCCUACAACAACGUCGGAAAGGGUGAUCCCAGUCAGGCGAUUGCUGUCAGGACCAAAGGAUCAGAAACUCUCCCACCACUAGACACACUGCCUCGAUCGUACAAUCCGCAGGCCACCUCUUCAGGCAGUGCCAGUGGCGGCGGCGGUAACGGCGGCGGCUUCAGCUCCAUCCAAAGCCUCACCAUCCUUAUCCCUGCCACCUGUUCUGUGAUAGUACUCACUGUGAUAAUCAUCGUCGCCUGCUUCGUUCUCGGCACCAAGCGAACGGCGGCAUUUGAAAGUACACUUCUCACUGCCAUUGGAGGCGGCGGAGGUGGCGGAGGGGCUAAUGGCGCAAGCGGUGCUAAUGGCCACCAUCAGUCGAAUGGCACCAACGGACUGAUGAACGGUGGCCGUCAGGGCAGUCUGGUGGCCAAUGGGACGCUGUGCCAUGGGCUGAUGGGCACGCCGGUGCACCACGGGACGCCGCUCAACGGCGGUGGCCUCUCCGGCGGCUGUGACUCUGAGCCUCGCUACGGUACGGUGACCACCUCCAGCGCCACCGCCUACGAGCACUACGGCUUCACCACUGCUCAGCCCGGCGGAGGCAACAUCAACGGAGGCCUAGGCGGCGGCGUCGGACCGACCUUUGACACCUUUCACCUGUCCAUCAUGGGCGAUGGGGGAAGAGGCGGGAAGGACCUGCUGGCCAGCAACACCGGCGCCAUUGAGCUGAACAACUGCAGCACCUACGCGACGACGAUGAAGAAGCGACCGCCGCCACUGCCCUCGAUGACCGCCAACAAUAAUGGUACUGGUGGAACGCUGUGCAAUGGCGUCGGCAGUGCAAACAACGGCGGCUCCAGUGCCAUCAACUCGGCGACGACCUGUCUCGACUCGAAGUUGAUUGCACUCUCUGAGGGGAAGCUCUCAGAGCAGCAGAUGACCACCGCCAAUGGUGGCAACAACAAUGGCGGGGCAGGAGACGAGAGGCUGACGAGAGACGGCGAGACGGUGCACUACUUUCAGACGCCCUAUGCACUGUCUCGCCUGCCUCGUCCCUGUAAUCCCCAGCAGCAGCAGCAGCAGUCCAACUCCGCUGAAGACCACCUGAACAGUCUGGAGAUGGAGAGCAAUGGUGGUGGUGGUGGUGGCAAUGGACCGAACGGGUCAAUGGGCUGCAUGAAUGGCU